GAGCACAGGCACUACGUGUGCCUGCCAUAAAUGCUGUGCUGAUCGUAUCAGUGUUCAUUCUGGUGCUUACUUCCUUGCCACAUGGUUGCUAGUGUUGAUACCUACUCAUCUAUUCUAUGUGAUUGCUCUUGCUCAGCCUGUCAGCUUAAUUGGAAUUCACAUUGUCUUAGCCCAGUUAAGUCGAUACUCACCGGAACCAGGAGGUCCCUGUACAAGGUCAAUGGCAGUAUUGCAGUCAAUGGGUUAACCCCUUGCCUACUGGAAUCGGGGUGUGAAAUAAUGAGGAAGUAUGACGGGAACUGGAAUUACACUGAGUGAACGUUUUAAAGGACUUAACCCUUGGAAACUGCCCUCACUAGAAAGAGAAUUCGAACAUCGUUCCACAUCAAACCUGUCAUUUAAUGAAAUCUUGAAGUUGAGCUCUCUUGAAAUAACUGUCAAUGGAGAGAGUAAGAGUGGACAUUCAAAGGUGGCAAGUGCUAAGAAAUAUUCCACUACAUCUCUACAUAAGUUAUUCAGUCAGAAACCAACAAAGAAGGAAGCAAAAUUUGAGAAACAGAAGAGCAACUCUAAGGAAACAAGAACUGGUCAAAAGAAGAGAAUCGAUCAGUCACGUGCAGAGAAAGUAAAGCAAAAGAAAUCUGUAGAGAAACCAGGAGGAGCAAUUCAACGGAAACCUGGCAAUGAUAAGACACUCAAUGGAUCCAAACAAAUGAAGAAUGAGCCUUCAAAAGGUUUGAGUAAUCAACAGCAGAGUGGAGUUACACCAAGUGUUGAAAGACCGAGGGAUCCACGCUUAUUGUAUGGCAAAGGAACGUACAGCGUUCUAGCCAAGAAAGCUGGAGUGGUGUCCCAAUCUGUCAAAGCAGGAGAUGGAGCAGAAAACUCAGAGAAAUCAGGAAGUCCAGCUAAGUCAGGAAAUCCAGGCAAAUCAGAACAAGCAGACAAACCUGGAAACCAUAGGAAACUUGAAAACCAAGACAAAAUUAGAAAUCCAGUUAAAAAGAAAAAAAGCUUUGAAGACUCGCUUUUGUCUGGUAGUGUUACUGGUUUGGAGGGUGUUGGAAAAAAGUCAGAUGGAGAUAAGACAAUCAAGGUUGUAAAAAGAAACGCAGUCACCAAGGAAAUAACUGGGGUCGUGGAGAUGACUUUGAAGAAGAAACCUGAGCAGAAUACUGACCAGAAUAAGCCCCAAGUGAAGGAAUAUCACUCAAGUCACAAUGCUCUUAAGCGAAUAGCUGAAUCCAAGAAGGCAGAAGAAGUAGCCUCAGCAGUUAUUCCUGAUGCAGAUAAGAUACCAAUAGUUGUGAAGGGUAUCCUCAAGAAGAAUAAUCCAUCUGUUGACUUGGUUGAAACAACUGAACAAAGGUUGAGGAGUACAGGGAAUUCUUCAACCAAAGGGUCUGGGUGUGAUAGGAAUGCAGUGAAAGAGGAUCAACCAAUACAAUCAAUAAUGAAGCAAAGUGCAACUCCCGAGGUACUUGGAAAAGGCGAUGUCAAUGGAUCCACAAACGUCACCAAGCCUAAACAGGAUGUGAAAAACCAAACUAUUUCUGUUGCUCCCAACACUCCAAACAUUGUACUGAAAUUUUCAAUCACACCUUCGAUUGAUAAUGGUAAAAUUAACUUGACUGUUGUUUCAUCUUCUGAAGAUGAUCAAGAGACACCCAACUCCAAAGAGCAGAAAGAGCAAGUGGACAUUCCAUUGUCAAUAGAAAACAGUUCCAAAGCAGCUACUGCAUCUGUAGAUGAGCCAAAAGACUUAGGCACAUCAGUACCGUGCUCUAUAACAGAUGAAGAACUGAAGAAGGGAUCCCCUAUUGAGGUUCGUAUUUCUAAUGGUGUCAGUGGUCAAACCAAAAGAAGUUGUACCAACAUGGGCAUUCACAAUCAAAGCCCAACCACUGUAGCAAAUAAUGCCCAUACAUGCAUGAAUGGAUCAAAGCCACAACAAAGUCCAGUGGCCUCUUCUGGAUGUGUUUACACGACAGCAAGAAAAACAGCUCAGGUAUCUACUCAUCAAUCUGUUGUGCAGGUAAACAAUCGUCCUCCAGUCCCAAUUUCCUAUGUGUAUGGGACUGUGGUUAGUCCAAGAAAGACAAGACCAGAUCAAACUAAGGCAGUUCCAACACCACACCAAAAAGACAUUGACCUGGGCGGUCCACAGGUUCCAGCUGCUAGUACUGAGAAUAUGCCGAUAACUGUGUGUAUACAGAAAAAUAUGCAAACUUCAAACAAAGUUAUCAAAGCUAAGGAGAGUCCUAGUAAGCCUGUACAUCGAACAUUAACUGCUAUAGCUAGAGCAUCAGAACAGGAUAUUGAAAGUGCCGGUGAAAAGGUAACUGUGACAUCCUUUGAAAAGAAAAUUACAGAAGGCGAUAAUCUUGAAGUUGUCGACAUGGAUAUUUCCACACCUGCCCAUAAUGCACCUAGCAGCAACGAAGGUAUCUCAACUGAGACAGAGGUGCCAUCUAUAAGUAUUGGUAAAACCUUGGAACCCCAUUCUACUGUGCUGGCCAAUGAAGAAACAAAUGUCAAGAAUGGUAUGAAGGAAUCCCAAACCACUGAGAUACAGGAGAGUAAGGUAAUUUGCUCAUCAGCUGUGUCUAAUAUGGAGAGUAGUCUUGAGGUUCAAUUGGAACAAGUUUCCAAUUGGACAACAUACCUGCAUGAAGACACCAACAGUCCAUUGAAAUCAGCUUUUGGUUCCAAGCAGUCAUUUAAAGAGGCUCUCUCAUCACUCAAAAGCACCAUGCAGACCUCAAGCCAUAGUAGAGACCUUGAUGAAAGCAGUGAUGAAGCUACUAUCCACAAUCAGGCAAAAGAAAUUCAAAAGGGUCCAUCCUUAAGCAUUGAGCAACCUACGUUUCAAGUUGGUGUUGCUACUCAUGAGAGCCGAUUAGCAGAAAAAGUAGUUUCCACUGUUGGCUGCUCAGUGCCAAAGAAUAUUUCUGAAGUUUCUGGUAAUGCAGAAAAGCCAGGAUGUACACUGCCACUACCUUGCUUAGAUGUACCCACAGCUGUACCUUGCCCCAAUCGCGCAGAUGAGAAUGUCUCUGUCCAGAACACCUCAAAAAUGGAAAUAACCAACGCGUCAAAUGUUGAAAGUGAAAAAGGAAAUGUCACAUGUGUACAGACAAACCCACAAGAAGCAGUUUCUGAUGAAAGAAAUACUCUUCCUCUCCCUAAAAGCAUCAAGUUAGCCAAGUCUGGAAAUGGUGAUAAACUUGAACCUCAAGAAAAGAUAAGUGCUAUGUUCAAGGAUAAUGUGGUUGAUAUUUGUGAAAUCCCCAGGGUGGAUGUCAUAAACAAGGCCAUCUUUGAAGAAGCAUUGAAACAAUCCAAAUCACCAGGUACACCCGUAGAAGAUGAGUAUUCAGACCAAGGCCCCUUUGAAACACAAAGCACCACCAAGAUAUUCACCUCGUCAGAUAUUGAAGGUCACAUGUCCAAGAGAUUCUUGGAAGAAAACAACAACUAUCAUGUCAACAGAAACCAUUUGCAUUAUGGCAUGAAAGAGGCAAGGAACGGGGAUCAAUCAGCCUUUCAACAGAGCUUAAACAGAGGCAACAAUAGAUACCCUGAUAGCCCAAGAAAUGGCCCAAAACCUGUCUACAUGAGAGAACUCAGUAAUGUCAGUGAUAUCAGUAUGGGAGAUGAGUUUGACAAUGUAGGAGAUGAUUACAACCAAGAAGCAGUGGAACCAUUGCUUGUAAGAGGAUCUACAGCAAGAGACAUCAGAAGAACAGAUCACACAGAGUACCCAAGAAAUAAUCCAAGGAUAUCGAGGAGGGAUUCGUAUGAACAGGAUGGGGAUUAUGCACACAGGAGUAUGACUACUCAUUCACGGGAAGAAACGCGUCCUCACUACUCAAAUUCUCCUCCUGGAAUGGAACAAAAUGCUAACAAUGAAAGAGUUGAAGCAUAUCCACAACUGUCACAGGAAGUACGCAGAUAUGAAGGUCCAAGAAGAUCUCCCAAUGAGAAGGGAAAGGAUUGCUCCUAUUCCUUCCCAACAGAAAGGGGUCAGAUAUAUGAAGAUCCAGAUAGACCAACCCAUGUGUAUAGAGAGGAGAGUUCCAACUCAAAUAUGUAUACAAAAAGUGAUGGCGAGCGUUCCAGGAGAAAUUCUGGAGGAUAUUUCCAAGGAACUGGAAAUCACCCAAUGGUAAAUGAACAAAUGACAGCUGUUCAGGCACUGCAGCUUCAAAUAAAUGCUGCUGUUAAUCCAGCUCACAGAGCAGCUCUUGUAUUGGCAUUGCAAGCUAUCACAGGACCUCAAGUGCAGUCAUCUGCUGGAGAAGUGCCUCCGCAUGCCAAGGUAUCUACGAUUCGAGACAGACAGUCAGAUUACAAAGAAGUGUCGGAUGAAGGAUCAUCAAAUCGCUUUCAUAAUGAUAAUGCCUACAAAGAUCCUGGCAACAGGAAGGUUGAAUUCACAGUUGUUUUGAGAGAUGAUGAUGAAAAAUUAUUGCGGAAAGAUGGUACCAAGAAAUCAAGGACAGGAGACACUAGCAAGGGCCUAAGGCCCUCUUAUGAUGAUCAGAAGAGGAUCACUGAGUCCUCUAUGAAGCGUGAACAGGAUUCCCAUUACCAUCGAGCUGUUGAGCUCAGUAGUGAUCCUCAUGAAAAUCCAAGCCAAGAUGCUUUUCAGAAAGACAGAAAGAUUUAUCAUCAAGUAUCACCUCUUGACUAUCAAAAAGGCCGUUCUUGUAGUACUUCAUCUGAACGGGCUAAUGACAGGCAUUCAUCCAGCAGAGAAAGACAUGCAAAGGCAUCACCGGAAGGAAAAGAGAAGAAAGACAAGAAGUCUGUAAACAAGAAAUCAAAGAAAAAGGCAAAAGACUUUCACGGGCGUCCACUUAUCAAAGAUAGGACAAAUAAAACUGAUCCUCAUUCUAUUCCGCUUGAGAACGAGGACACUGUACACCAAAGGAUUGAUCCACGGAGAAGUGUGACUCCAGAUCCCGAGUGUGGGCGUAAGGAACUCAGGCGAUUAAAGUGGCCUCGAAGCAAAGUAAAAAAGCACAAGCAAAAAGACAAAGACAAUGCAACUCGAUCUAAACCAAAUGGGAGUUUAUCUGGUUCAAGGAAGCUGAAAAGUAAGAAAGAAGAAACGUUUGAAGGAAUAUCUAAAAGGUUACCUCAGAAUGAGAAACUAGUUAAAGAAAGUGUUGCAGAGAGAGGUAUAAAUACUGAAGCAGUUGGCAAAAAAGAUGAACAAACAUCUGAUGGGAAGUUUCAGAGGCAACACAAGGAGGCUUUCAGUGAGGUGUCAGAUAAACCAGGUCAAAAUACAAUUGAAAACUUUGUAAAUGAAGCAAGGCUUGAUUUUAACAAGAAUGAUGUUGAAAGCGAAGAAGAAAAUUAUCACAGUUCAGGGGAAAUACAUGGCCACUGUAAAACAAACAGAGUUCGAAGUAAAAUUACAAAGUGCAGUCCAGUGGGUACUACUUCAGUAGAUCAUUCGAACACUAGGAGAGGAAGUGAAGAUGAGAGGAUAGAUACCCCAAGAGAAUCUUUCACUCCUGAAAGCAGUCAUUCAGGCGGGAAGAAGAAAAGGAAAAGUCCAGAUUCAAAGCAGUAUGAUUACGAUGACAGACAUGAAUCUCGUAAACACUCUCCUCAGAAGAGAAAGCUAAGUGAUAGGACACCUGAGAGGCACAAGAAAUGCAGACACACUGGACAUGACAAGGAGAAACCAAGACACAAAAGGAAAUAUUCUUCAGAUUCAGAAAGUGAUAUUGACAGUGACAGGGAGCGUGUUCAUGAAGCAAGAAGCAAAUUGAAGCGAUACGGACACUUCUCUCGAUUUUCAAAAGCUUCUGACUGGAGAUCAAUAAGGAGUGGGCCUCUAAGACCCAGGUCUAGCAUUCGAUCUCGUACCCCAUUCCAGAGAUUUGAUUACAGGAAAUAUAUAUACCCAGGGAACUUAGGAAAGCCUUAUGGAAACCAAAGAAUCAUCAGUACUUACAGAGGAAGAGGAAGGGGGUUCUUACAUGGCCGUACACCUGUCUUUACUCCGUGGAGGGAAAGGGGCCGCUAUGUCAUUGACAUUACAAAAGAAGUGAAGAACACUCCUACCAUGUCUAUGACAGAACUUGGUUAUAAGGAUAUUACUCCCUGGCAAGAUAUCCAUGUUGACCUGUCAGAGAUUAAAGCAAAAAUGCUUGCUGUGGAAAAGAGCUCAAGAGAGGUUAGGAAAGCAUCAUCCCAAUUACAGGUUGCUCCUUUAUUGAAGCUCCAGAUGGCAGCAUAUGAUGCUUUAGAGUGCAUUAUGACACAAGUGAGUAGUAGGAUCUCAUAUGACAGACGUGAGAUGUACCUGCAUAGGAGGAAGUAUGAGAUCUUGAUGGCAGACAUCCGAGUUCAUGCAGAAGCCCUUGGGAAGUUGAUACCACCUGAACAGGAGGAGGCAAUGAUGGCCGAGUUUGUCCCCAAUAUAACCGGUAUUCCUAGAAUUACUCCAGCAAUUGAAUUGAAGGUUAUGAAUUGGUUGUCUUUGAUGAAGAACUCAGGAAUGCUGAUGGCUGUUAGAGAACUGAUCAAGAAAAAAAUUAGGAGUCUUCAAGACAGAGUUGAUGCAAUGACAGCUUUGGAAAGGAGACAGUCAAGAAGGCUAGACGAGCGCAUCAAUAGAAUUACCCCAAGAAGUAGGCAGUGGUCAGGAAGUGACAUUUCACCAGACACCACCAGGCCUGAAGGUGAAGAUCACAAAGAUGCAGAACAAAGAAUUCAGAAUGCAGAGACUUCACCUGAAGUUCUAUCAUGUCCAGAGUUUGGCCCUAGCACCCCUGUAACCGAGGUUCAGAGUAUGCCUGAAGCAUUUUCAGAGAUCCGUUUGCCUACACACUAUCUUGUGGCCUAUCAUGAUAACCUUCCUGAACCUAGUCCAUCUUCAGCCUUCAGAAAUCCGCCAGAACCAGUCAGAAGGCUUAUCAGUUCUCAUGAAGAAAACCAAGAACUUGUAGAUAUUCCAUUUUAUUGUGAUGUCAAUGAAACAAGAUCAUUCAGCCUUAUUGAUAUUCCACCAAACAGAGACCAUAGGCUAGUAGGUGGUGACCAAAAUGCUCAACCAAGUCAGGUCCUACCAAUUGGUUUCUGUAAGGCAGAUAGUGGCUCUGUUAAUAUGACUGGCACUCCACAGGAAAUGCCUCUAGAACAUCCACUUGUCUCUGAGGUGUCAUGUGACCAAGCCACUCCAUCUGGGUUUGUAAAUUGCUCUCAACCUGCUACCACACCAACGCACCUAUCCCAACCAAUGUUCUACAUCUCCAGAGUACAGAGAUUUGCCUCCAGGACACUGAUGUCUCCAGAAUCAGGUUCUGAUCUACAAACACUUCUCAAGAGUGAAGCGGAAAAGAACUCGAAACGAAAUAAAGUACAACGCACACCAUCAUCUUCAGAUGAGCAGACAAGUCAAGGCGACACUAAUGUAGGAAAACCUGAAGUGAAAUCUCCCAGGUAUUCCAAGAAGCGGCAUUUCCUGGCAAAGUUCCAGUCAGAGGGAACAAAUAAGAGUCCGAAACCAGAAUCCUCAAAGCUGGAACUGUCAUCUCCAAGGAUGAAUAAAAAUAACUUGAAUAAGAUGUACAAUGAGUAUGAGGAGAGCUGUCUUAUUAAGAAAAGUGCCAAAGAGAGUGCCAAAGUUGGGAACCAAGAAUCAUUACCACCUACAUGUACAUCUAAUGCUGAAAGUCUUCCAAGUAAUGUAGGAUCAUAGAGAGAAUCAAGAGACAAUAUGAGAUUAUUUACCCACAACAACUCAAAUGACUCUGAAGAGCUUGUCUUCGAUUCCUAGAGGUGGACCUGUAUGUAGUCUUUGGCUGCUUCUGGAUACUUCAGUAAAAAAAGAUGUGAGAAUACCCAGAGGUGGCCUGAAACAAUAUCAAAGAAUCUCUCAAUCUACAUGAUCUCUCAGGACAGUGUUAACUUCUGUUGCUACUCGGCACUUGCUCUCCAGCUCUAGAGAGCAAGUCCAAAUGCCUCAGGAGUACUUUGUGUAGCAAAGAAGUCUGCGGUAUUACCAUCUUUGUGGUCUCUCUCUCUCUCUGUUGCAUGGGCAGUAGAUAGGGAAUGAAGGUAAGAACAACCUGUAUUGUGGAGGUCUAUGCAGGAUAUUUGUUGUUUUACAGAUGAGAAUACCGAGCAACAACACGGGUAAUGAAAUCUUUGUUGAUGGAGAUGAAUUUGGUAAAGCCAGUGUCUUGCUUGCUUUUCUUCAGUGUUGACAGGAGAGAAGGAGAGGGAGGAGACCAUCUGUAUCAUCAAUAAAACUCUCCCAACAACUGGCCCUGUAAGGAGUUAUCCGACUGUGUUUAGAGACUUGGGAAUGUAUAAGUGAACAUGUAGUAUCUGGAAGUCAAAGAUGAAUUAAAGAACAUUGUUGAUAUAAAGGACAAUCAGGAGAACCUGGUGUGACCUUCUGUAUCAUCAACAACCGGCCCUGUAAGGAGUUAUCUGACUGUGUUUAGAGACUUGGGAAUGUAUAAGUGAACAUGUAGUAUCUGGAAGUCAAAGAUGAAUUAAAGAACAUUUUUGAUAUAAAGGACAAUCAGGAGUACCUGGUCAGUGGUGUGACCUUCUGUAUCAUCAACAACCGGCCCUGUAAGGAGUUAUCUGACUGUGUUUAGAGACUUGGGAAUGUAUAAGUGAACAUGUAGUAGUAUCUGGAAGUCAAAGAUAUAUCAGAAUUCUUUGAUAUGUUGAUAUACUGUAUAAGGACUGUCAUGAGAACCUUGUGUGACCUUCAACAAACUAUGUCCAGGAAUAGAGAUCCAAAACGACUGCGCUGAACUUCCUUUAUUUCAGGAAACUGCAAAAUAAGAAAGGCCUUUUCUAUUAAAAAGUCAACCCAAGGAACUGGUACAGUGGUAAAUAUUUUCAGUUUCAUUUUCUAUUUGUAUAAAUGUUUUUAUAAAGUCUUUUCAUGAAAUAAUGAACUGCAUUUACCAUGUUUAGGUAAA